CUGUACUCGUCCCAGGCAACAGUGCCCGAACAGAGCGUGCUGGUACACAAGCGUGUCCGAUCGACGGGCAGUGGACGGACAGACACAGCCGGACAGGUAGCAGUAGUAGAACCUAUCUAGUAUCUAACAGAAGACGGCUUCACCAGCAAAGCAAGUGAGUGAAGGGAGGUUGUAAACUAAGGGUCCACGCACCCACCGGACAACACGAACCAGUGCUCUACAUAUUACGGACGUGGUUGUGUGUUUGUUUGUGCCUCUGUCUGUGUGUGUGUGUUUGUGUGAUUGUGUGUACCGAAAUUGGGCGGUUCUGUAUGUGCGAUUGUAAUUAUAUCAAAUUAAACGUCCCACAACGCUGAUGUGUAUUUGUAGUCGGCUAACGAGCCAGUUAGUGACCCCGGGUUUCUUGCAUGAUCCGAUCGACCACCAUCUAAACCGGUAUGAUGACGAGUUUAUGUUUUUCCGGAUCCUAAGGUGGAACAGUGCGAAGUGUAUGUGUUUGUGUGCGUGUGUGUAUGCCAAGCAUCAACUUCAAGAGGGUUUCGCUCAUGUACUGUUUUGCGUCCGAGUUGGAAUUGAGGAUACGCUUCUAAUGUUGCAUGCGAAGUUGCAAAGCUGGCAAAUUUAAUUGUUACAACAUUUAGCUAACAUAGUUGCAGUUCUGGAUCCAGCUACCCCAAAUAGUUUGUUUCCUGGUGCAAGAAAGACAUUCAAUAAUGGCUGCAACUAACCAAUCAACCCGAUCUACGUUUCGAAGUGGUUAUAGUGGAAGAAUGAUAAACAACAACAAACAUGUUGCAAUGAUCAGACGAUCCUUAGUUUAUAAGUGUAUGCGUUGUAUAUGAUCGAUUUUUUCUUCUCCAUUUAGUUUUAGGCUCUGAUCUAGGGAGUACUACUAGAAUCAUGCGAGAUCGGUCUGUUAAAGCAUUUUCUGCCAUUUUUAUUUAUUUUCGUGUUUUUUGUAAACGGGAACCACAGCACAAGUGAAAAGAAUAAGAAUAAAAAAAAAUCCUCAACCCGAAAACGGAACAGACCUAUCUGCUAGGUAGGAAAUGUUCCCAGUUUUCCCAAGCAAAAGGAACCGUUUUGUGAAAUCUUUUGGAGGAAAUUAUUAUUUUUCCUUUAGUACACACCGUAUGGACCCACAUACAUACACAAUUCCCAUGUUGGUAGGGACAGGAUGGUCCUUUUUUUCAUUCAUUGUUGCUCUUGUUGUUGUUCAAGGGUGGAAAACUAAUCCAUCCCACCCAACUUCAGAGGGAUCACGACACCAUAGGCUCAUCCAACUCCGUUUGCGUGUCGUUUGCCGGUGGGGACACUUUGUCGUCUGGGACCAUCUUAUCAGCUCCUUAUGCUUCUUUCUUUUCAUUUCUUUCCAACGCAUAUACCUCUAAAUGGAGGGUUGUAGUGCACCACCUACCCCCAAAAGAAACGGGAUGAAGGUCGGAGGGUAGUGUUUGAAAUAUCCGGAUAGGAAAUUAAUCUUUCCCGUUUUAUCCGCGUACACGAAGCCGUUUCAAUUUCUUGUGUGCUUUUUUGGGAUUGUUUUUCUUCGCCGAGUGUUGUUUCUAGCACUCUCUAGUGCUAGUUAUAGAUGAAAAAUGAAAUAGAUGCCCAACAAUACCCGUCGGCACUUUGGUCGGUAUUGGAGCUUUAUUGUUUUUAAAGUGCGGAGCAAAAGAAAACCGAACAGCAAUAUAGCAAUAUUUUACUCAAAUAAAUAAUAUGGAAAAACUUUCUGGUAUACUCCUUGGCGGAUUAGAAAAAAACUUUUAAAUAAAAAAAGGAAAAUAUCUCUUCAUCAGUGAUCUGUUCUGGGAAAUGCGGUAUCACAACCUUCAACUCCACACCACAAGUUAGCGAUGCACACAUUAAUUAGGGUUAUUUUUAAUCUAAAUCAGUUCUUCUCCUGCCCAACACCACCCCCAUCCCGUAAAUGAAGUAAUUUUAACCUUUUGUAUUGUGGCAAAAAUCUGCCAUACCUGCCUGUGUCUGCCAUGUACGAGAUAUCGUUUAAAUAUCCAAUUUGUUCCCUUCCAUUGUGUGGCGCACCAAUGGCACUGGUAGCGUUUUGUGGAGAAAAAAAAUGUACCAAAAUGAACAACAGCAAAAAUUGCACCAACAUCUUCAGCCAGGACGGCACCGGGACUAGGGAAGCGAACGAAAUGCAACGACCGGAUACUGGUGUGUAGCGUUCGUCAGUGUUCGUUUUUUUGUUGCUGCUGUAUUUUCACCUUACCAGCUUCCUCGACUUUUCUUGUUCGCUUUGCUUCGAAAAUGUUUUUCCCGAAUUUUCUCCCCCAAAAAGCAUUUCCGACCCGGUACGGAAGGCGCCCGUCCGGCUAGGUACCUUCACUGUACGGGGCCUUUGAAUGCAGGGAGAAAAAGCUUCCAUACCCGUUGAUACCCGGGCGGGUGGCCAGAGCGUGUCGAAAAGGAUGCGGUACAAUAGCUUAAACAGUGCUGAAGGGAGGACACCAGGAACACGGUGGCGUCCAAGACAACCGGUCUAUCGCUUGCUAUCGCCAUCCAAAAUUUCACCGAUAAAAGCGAAACGGCGCAACAACAGCAAAAAAAAACUCCCCCAAAAAAGCUCAUGCAAUACGGCGAUGAAGCGAACUGCCGAAAGGGUAUAGAAGAGAAAAGAAAGCAAAAAAAAAACAACCCCGAAGGCGGAAUGAAACAAUCGGCGGGAAAAUGGGAACGAUCAGUGGGUGGGUGGGCGAAAUGGAAAAGGGAAAAAACGCAAAGAAAGUGUAUUAUAUUGCAAAAAGGGUGUGUAAAAAGUCUGAGAUACCGACACCCACACAUAUACACAUACACAUACAGACAACAGAAUGCAACGUGAAAAAAGGGGGAGGAAAAUGAAAAGGGAAAAAACCGAGAGGCAGACAUCUUAGAACCAAGGCGGAAGCGGAUGGCAAAACCUGUGAGCCGUGAAGAGAAUCGUUUCCUGAGGCAGGCCCGAAAGGCGUGUGGGGGGAGGAUAGGCGGAAAAAGGGGUAAUGCUUGCGGGAAGCGUGAAACUUAAGGGGACCAAAAAACCACACGUGCUCGCUGUGGGAACCUAGCCCAUCCACCAUGAAAAGCCACGAAGCACGAGGCAAAAGUUUUGCUUCCGAACUCACCAACACACCAUUUUCAGGACUGUUGUGAAGGAUUUUUUUUGUUGGUAAUCAUUUCGUCCGGGGGCAGGAUUAUGAGUGAGAGUGAAAAGAUGUAAGGGGAUGCGUGAGAGAAUUUCUAGUGUGGUUUGUUCAAUCGAUUUACAUCACUGUAUCAACAGGAGUUUUCUGCCAUAGGUGCACUUGAGUGGUGUUAAGGUAUGGUGUCGAACGUAUUGCAUAACUUUCCAGGCGCUACGUCGAUCGAGCAGGACGAUCAGUGAUGUACGAUGCCGCCGGAAUAUAGUGCACACGAGGUAGUAGUGUAUCGGUAUCGAUCCUUUUAUAUCAAUCAGCUUCUAAGUGUAAUGUGAAAGAGGUGCAUGUGUCUGUGUGAGUGUUUUUUUGUAUAUGUGUAGUGUUUUUUGUUUUUGUGUAAGUGUAAAAACUGGACAACUAGCAGAGAGAAACAGAGAGAGUAAGUGAGGAAUGAUCGUGAUCCGGAUAGAAAAAAGCGAACAGCAAAGGGCGGAAACGGUGUAGAAAAGAUUCCUAAUCAAAACGAGCGGUUCCAGCGACGGGCACCAUUCCGGCUACCAGCGGUGCUAGCGUUGUGCGGCGAGUGCAAAACACAGACGGGUGGUGCCGGUGGCUGUGGCCAGCCGAGGCCCGACCAGCCGACACGAUAAGCACCGAUAAGCAGCAGACGGCGGUGCGAAGACGCAGGCGACGCAAAAAGUGGACAGACGGUCGGUGCACGCGAUGGGCCACGCACGGUGGCGCUACCGUGCAGCAUCGUCGAGCCCACGUCGGCCGCAGGCGAGGAGACAGCCCCGGCUAGGCGCAACGUUCGGCCCGAAACCGAACCGGACGGUGGUCGGAUAAGCGCAACGCGUCGAUCGUCGCCCCGUCGUGCGUGUUGUGUUCGCGUGUGCGUAACGUUCAGUUUAGCGGGUUAUUUGCACACGCUUUGAGAAACGAUGGCUAGCGAGUGGAGUUGACUUCACGCUUCCCAGCAAAGACAAUGCAUCUGGACAGCAGGUAACGUCAGACACAUCUAGUAGAGAUACAACUGCAUAGCUGCUGUGCCGUGUGUGUUCGAACGCGUGCAGAAUUAAGAGAAAAUAACUGAACCUAGCCCUGAGAAGAAGAAAAACACAGCAAAUUAUACCCACGAAAAACCGUGAGCGUGUUGUGUUGCACACGUGUACACGAUUUUUUUUAAGAAAUAAUUGUUAUAAGUACAGCUAGUAAAAAACGCGUCAAACUGAAACACAGUAGCACCUAGCAAACCUAGGAAACACUACAAUCAACACUCACAAACAAACAAAACACACACCAAACAUAAUAACUACAAUACAGUCAGCUAUACAGGCUCGAAAAUUAGCGCCCAAGCAGUGUGCGUCGAGCAGCAGUUUCGGAUAAAAACGGGUAAAAUUGUGUGUCCUAGCGCCAGCCUGGUGAAGUGUGUCUUGGCUUACUCCCACCUUGGAAGUCCUGCAUCAUCAGCAGUGUGUACGCUUCCAUUCCCACACGCUUCGCUUUUCGUGCAGAGCAAGAUCGAGCAGACCGGGCGAGCGCGGAUCGAAAUCAUCAAACUUCGCGCACGACAUUGUGCGUGUUACGUGUGUCUAUAGCUAAGCUGUGAGCCUAUAGUGUUUCUAGUGUUUCGGUUCGGUUCGGAUAUAUACGUUGUGUCUCUGUGUGCCGUUGUAGUAGUGUAGUGUGAAUGUGUACGAAAGGUAGUGUGUUAGUAACCCGUUAGUAUUCCACACUAGCAGCACAAACAAAACGAUCAACUGCUCGAAUUACGUCCGCGUCGCGUCGACCGCCGUAGGAGUACGCGAGGUGUGCGGCUGAUGGUAACCAUCAUGUACCAGCACGUGCUAGAGAUAUUCGAGAAGCUAGUGCGUGUGUUUUGAUUCCGGUGCUCAGUAGGAGCGGAACAGUAGGUAAACGAAACGAUACCCGAUUAGUACGAACCGAGCGAAGCAAAUCCCUCCCGGAAGCGGGGGAACACGGGGGAGGGGGUUGCGGUGAGGACACAGGAACGCGACAAACAAGCCGGUCGGCGAAUGUGCAGUGGGCGGUGGGUGCCGUAGCGAUAUGGAUUUCGUCUCAUCACCGGGCAACAUCACGCAGGAGGACUUCCUCGCGAUCGUGGGAGCGAACGGAACGUACGGUGGUGCCGGUGUUGGCGUUGGUCCGGGUGUUAGUGGUACCGCCAUGUUUAACGAUUCAUUGGCAGCGGCAGCGGCAGCAGCUGCUGCAGCAGCAUCGGCCGGCACGGGCAGUACCGGUAACGGUGUCGGUCCGGGCGAAAACCUUACCAUCCUGCCCGGUACAUACCCGAGCGGGUACACGCUUCCGCACAUCAUCAUCGCAUCAAUUAUCGUGACAAUACUUAUGAUAGUCAUCGUCGUCGGCAACAUGCUCGUCAUCAUCGCGAUCGCAACGGAGAAGACGCUCAAAAACAUCCAGAACUGGUUUAUCGCAUCACUCGCCGUGGCGGACUUUUUUCUCGGCCUGGUCAUCAUGCCGUUCUCGCUCGCAAACGAACUGAUGGGGUACUGGAUCUUUGGCAACUGGUGGUGCGAUGUGCAUUCCGCGAUGGACGUGCUACUCUGCACCUCGUCCAUCAUGAAUCUGUGCCUGAUCUCGCUCGAUCGUUACUGGAGUAUUACGAAGGCGAUCGAGUACCUCAAGUCGCGUACACCGGCUCGGGCCGCAUUCAUGAUUGCCGCCGUCUGGAUCAUGUCCGCGUUGGUCUGUAUACCGCCACUGCUCGGAUGGAAAGCACAACGACCCGAAGGUCAUGUAGAGCUGCCCCAAUGUCAGCUAAGUCAAGACAUCGGCUACGUGCUGUAUUCGGCACUCGGAUCGUUCUACAUUCCGAGCUGCAUCAUGGUGUUCGUCUACAUCCGGAUCUAUUUUGCGGCGAAAGCCCGUGCACGACGCGGUAUUCGCAAGAAGCCGCUGAAACCACCGAGCGAACAGGAUACGAGCUUCACGCGAAAUGCCGGUACCGUACCGAUGCCAUCGCUACCCAGUGCCUCUAGCAAUAACAAUCAGUCGACGGCGCAACAUCCGCUGCAACUGUCCACCGGAAUGGGCGGUACGCAGCCCGUCGGUAACACUAUCAGCGGGACGACGCAAAUCGCCACGAUAGAGCCACCUCCGCGCGGUACAAGCUCGUCCGCCGGUACGCCAAUGCCCAUCCCCGUCGUAACGUGCGAUUUUGCGUCGGAUAUGUCAACGAGCGAGGCGGCCACGGCUGAACAGGACAAUCAUGGGCCCAUCUCGCCGGUCGGUACGGGCGGGCUUGAGCCGAAGGAUACGCUUAAGGUGGCGCAACCGAUGCAGCAGGGCCGUAGCAGUAGUACCAACGGUAUCACGACGGCAAGCAGCACCGAACCGUCGCCCUCGCCGUCCGCCACUGCCCGCAACCGUGCGCUCUCGGUCGGGAUCGAUACGGAUAUGGUGAGCGAGUUUGAUCCGUCCAGCUCGGACUCGGGCGUGAUCAGUCGGUGUGCGGUAGUGAAGCCGCUCAAGUUUCGUCUCUGUCAGCCAAUCUUCGGCAAGGGUAAGGCGAAGGCGCGCCAAGCAAAUGCGAAAGCAUCCGGCGGGCAUGGCGGUACGGUCGGUGGUGGACGCGGUGGUAACUGUACGCAACCGAUGCUGGGUGGUACGAGCGGUAGUUCCGGCGGUCAGCAGGCCAUAUCGCAGCUGAUUGCCGCCAAACAGACGGACAGUGCGUGCAGCGAGCUAGAGCCGGCGCUACCACCGAAACCGAAACCACGCGAUCCGGAAAAGGAAAAGCGGCGUAUCGCGCGAAAGAAGGAAAAGCGGGCCACGCUUAUACUUGGCCUGAUCAUGGGCAGCUUUAUUGCGUGCUGGUUGCCGUUUUUCUUCCUCUACAUCCUGGUGCCGGUGUGUCCGGAUUGCCAUAUCCCGGAAAGUGCGUUUUCCCUCGCGUUCUGGCUCGGCUACAUGAAUUCGGCGCUCAAUCCGGCCAUCUACACCAUCUUCAAUAAGGACUUUCGGCGCGCGUUCCGGCGCAUCCUGUUCAAGUGAUGUUUAGCGUACGUGUGCUGCUAUCGCUGCGUCUCCCGUAGCAUCGAGAAGGCUACGGAGCGGGCCAUUGGCGGCGCACAGCUCGGCGGUGGCUACCGGGGCGGCUACCUGCGAUGAUAAUACGCGCCGCUAGGUGGCGCGCCCACGACCCCGGCACGGCUGUUCCUGCACCGGCGCUGGUUCGCCCUUUUCGCGCUUCUCCCAUCCUUCUAUCCACCGACCGGCAUUACCGUACUGAACGCCACCGUCACCGUCGUCGUCGACGCAUUCCGGAGCAAGGCCCUGAAGCAUCUAGCGCCUGGCAGGUAUGCAAUGCCGCCCAUCUAUCGGUAACACCAAAAAUAAAGCGUAACAUAACAAAAAAAAAUCAAAAAAACCAAAUACUUCGCACGUGUGUGUAGAGAAACACACACGCACACACAUACACAGAAACAUAUACGUGUAACACAUCUUGUGUUUAGCGGACGCUCGCAUCCACCACCACUAGCCGUACUGUGGGCAUGUGUGCGAGUGUGUAGGGCUGUAACGCACAAAACCGCAAAAGGUGUGUGAAAUUUAGCAGUAUUUUCCCCACCAAUUACUCUCCCACCUAGCUAAUGUGACCAGGUGCAGCAUAGACAAAACAAAACCAGUAACAACAAAACCAAAUUUCCAAAACAAAUCAACAAACAAGAGUUGAUAAAGGAAAGGGAGUUGAAAGUUGACAAAAAAAACACAACUUAUACUUACACACUUAUCGCACUACAUGGUGUAACAUGAUUUGCAACAAAAGAAAAACAGUAAAUAAAAAGGAAUGCAGAUAAGCAAAACAAAACAAAAAUGAGGGACGAAGGCGACAUAUUCGUGCACCAAACUGUAGCGUGUGUUAGAGCGGGAAAAGGGAAACAAGUAAAAGUAAGCGUAGUCUUAAGAUCGGAUACGGCAAGAGUGGUACGUUAUACAAGGAAAUACACUUUUCUUAACUAACUGUGUAUAGCGCAUAAGAGAAAAAUCAAAAUUAAACGUCGUACUCGUACAUAACAUCCCACAACCCACUCAUAUAGACCCCUGACAUGAAGCGGGGAUCAGGAGCGUUCGUUCCCUUGUUACUUGAUAUAAAUAUUUCUAUUUAGCAUUCUCCAUUACGGACCGACGUACUUACACAAAUGCAAUAUGGUGACUAGUGCGUAAGUUUAGAUAACUAAUAAUUUCAAAAUAAUUAGCACACAACAACAUGGAAUAAAUGGGAAACCAUAUAAUGGGGGUAGUAGUUAUACAUCCAACCGUGGGAAUAGUGGGAAAGAUAGACGAAGGGGGAAGGGGAUGAAAUGGUGAUAUAGGAAAAAAAUCGUAUAGGACAACUAGAUUAUUAUUAAAUUUAAUAAAAAUGGUAAGAUGCUGUUGGUGGGGUAAGAUGGCCGGAUGGCAAGCAGUUGUUCAUCAGCUUCAUUCAGAUAGGAUUAAAUACACACAUCACUCCCAAUUUGGUUCGUCUUUUCGUUCAACAGAGUCACUAUCAUUUAUCUGUUUUUCCCUUCCCUUCCUGCCACCUUCCUCCUCCCUUUUCCCCUGCUUUUCUGCAUGCAUGCUGCAGGAUGAUUAAUACUAAUAAAGCGUACUUCAAUUUUGAA